AAGAUUAACGUUUCAAGAUGUCUGCUCCACGAUUACCACCACUUCCAACCAUACGAGAGAUACUGAAGUUGUACCACUUGAGUGCCAUAAAACGUUUGUCCCAAAAUUUCCUUCUGGACCAGAAUAUAACCGACAAAAUUGCAACGAAAGCGGGCAACCUCGCCGGGGGUCAAGUGCUGGAGGUCGGUCCCGGCCCGGGUGCGUUAACUCGAUCCAUCUUGAGAAAGGUCCCCGAGCGAUUGGUGGUUGUGGAGAAGGAUCGGCGGUUCAAACCGAUUUUAGAGAUGCUGACGGACUCGUUCGGCGCGAUUAACGGGAAGAUGGAUGUAAUAUACGACGAUAUCCUGAAAACGAAUAUGGAGAGUCUGUUCCCGCCGGAGAAGAAGUUGAAUUGGAACGAUAAGCCUCCAGAUGUCUUUCUCAUAGGCAAUUUACCGUUCAGUCUAUCGACGCAUCUUAUAAUCAAGUGGCUGCACGCGAUAGCCGAGCGACGUGGGCCAUGGGCGUUCGGCCGAACGAAAAUGACGUUGACGUUCCAAAAGGAGGUGGCGGAACGUUUGGUGGCCCCACCGAUGGGACCCCAACGAUGCAGGCUGUCAGUAAUGGCGCAAACCUGGACGUAUCCGGUACUUCGUUUCAUCAUACCCGGCAAAGCUUUCGUUCCAAAACCAGACGUCGACGUGGGAGUGGUGUCGUUCACGCCGUUGGUCACACCGCGCACGCAACACGAUUUUAAAUACUUCGAAAUGGUAACGAGGCACAUAUUCAGUUUCAGGCAGAAGUACAGCAUACGAUGCGUCGAGACUCUGUUUCCGCUGGAGCGCCGCGAAGAUUUGGGUUUGUUGAUGUACAAAUUGGCCGACUUGGAUCCGAGGAUCAGGCCGACGCAACUCACCGUGGCGGAUAUCGACAGGCUUGCGACCGCUUACAAGUAUCUGCUGGAGAAACAUCCGGAGCUUCAGUUGUACAAGUACCGCACGUCCCGGCACUUACUACCGUUGACAAAUACGAGAAAUGUCGUGGUAGAGGACUGCGCGGACAUGUUGGAGGAAACGAGCGUCUGACACGGGGGACGAUUUAUUACUCUUUGACAAAAAAAAAGGAAUGCAUCAAAUCUCAGUUUUAUUAAAUCGCAGGUUGUAAUGCAGCAGAUUAAUUCGUUACAAUUGAAUUUCAGUUAGAAACUGUGUGAGGGAAACCUGUAAAUAUACAUUUAUAUAUACAUACACAGUAUGGCUUAAUUCUUAAAUAAAAAUAUAGUACAAUGUA